GAGAGCCGGCGUUUGGGAGAAGAGAGGGAGGGCGGAGGGCGAGAGAGGAGAAGGCGAGCGAGAGAGGAGAAGGCGAGAUGAGGAUGUUAGGGGCGAUCGUGGAGCACCCGGAGGAAUUGUACCCGCUGGUGAAGCUGAAGAUGGCGGCGGCUCGGAUCAAGAAGCAGAUCCCGGGGGAGCCCCACUGGGCUUUCUCCUACACCAUGCUUCAGAAGGUCUCUCGGAGCUUCGCUCUGGUCAUCCAGCAGCUCGGCCCCGAGCUCCGCAAUGCCGUUUGCGUUUUCUAUCUGGUUCUCAGAGCCCUCGAUACUGUUGAGGAUGAUACCAGCAUACCUUGUGACAUCAAAGUGCCAAUUCUGGAGUCCUUUCAUUGUCACAUAUAUGACCGUGACUGGCAUUUCUCAUGUGGAACGAAAGACUACAGAGUUCUGAUGGAUAAAUUUCAUUAUGUUUCAACUGCUUUCUUAGAGCUUGGUGCAAGUUAUCAACAGGCAAUUGAAGAUAUCACCAAGAGAAUGGGUGCAGGAAUGGCAAAAUUUAUAUGCAAGGAGGUAGAAACAGUCGAUGACUACGAUGAAUAUUGUCACUAUGUAGCAGGACUAGUUGGGUUAGGGCUGUCAAAGCUCUUUCAUGCAUCUGGAUUGGAAGAACUAGCUCCAGACUCCCUUUCCAAUUCAAUGGGCUUAUUUCUUCAGAAAACAAAUAUAAUUCGGGAUUAUUUGGAAGAUAUAAAUGAGAUACCAAAGUCACGCAUGUUCUGGCCUCGAGAAAUAUGGAGUAAAUAUGCCAGUAAACUUGAGGAUUUGCAAUAUGAGGAAAAUUCCACAAAAGCUGUUCAAUGCUUAAAUGACAUGGUAACCAAUGCUUUAGUGCAUGCUGAAGAUUGCCUUCAGUACAUGUCUGCAUUGAAGGAUCUUGCCAUCUUUCGAUUUUGUGUUAUUCCUCAGAUCAUGGCAAUUGGAACCCUUGCUCUAUGCUAUAACAAUGUGGAGGUUUUUAGAGGAGUUGUGAAGAUGCGACGUGGACUUACUGCUAGGGUUAUUGACCAAACAAGAUCAAUGUCAGAUGUCUAUGGUGCUUUCUUCGAAUUUUCAUCUUUACUCAAGUCCAAGAUUGAUGAUAAUGAUCCAAAUGCCAGUCUUACUCGUCAUCGUGUGGAAGCAAUACAUAAGGCGUGCAUAUCCUCAGGAUUGCUAAAUAAAAGGGGACGUCACAUGUAUGAGAGCAAGUCGUACAAUUCGGUGCUGGUGAUGGUGGUCCUCCUUUUCGUAUCAAUCUUUUUUGCCAUUCUAUCCACUAAAUGAUUAAUUCUUCCAGAAGUUGGUAUCCGAUAUUGAUGAUUUUGGUUUCUUCAAAUAUGAUGCUGGUUGUUUUGGAUUUGGCCAAAAAUAUAUUAUAAAAUUAUAGUUUCUUUGGUAGAGAUAAAAUUGAAUAACUUGAUGGUUGUGUAAAUGGAUUUGGACUAGCCAUAUUGUAGAUUGCCGGUCAUGGAUGGAACUUGACAUAUUGAUUUACCACCAUGGGCCAAAGUGUGGAUAUAUUUUGGUUUGGCAGUACAAGCUGAAGCGUGGAAAUUUUGGUUUGCCACCGCAGGCCCAAAUGAACAUUGGUGAGGAUAGCAUUACCCUUGAUAUUUACGUCAUGGUCUCUCACCACUGCAAUGUGGGAUGAUGUUGUUGAUGACAUUGUUAUUUUCAUCAUUGGUAGAGAAGCCAUUGUUGAUUGGGCGAAUGAUGGGGGGGAAAGAGGAAAGACGAACUACUCGGCGAAGUUGGUGGGGGUCGCCGAGGGUAAAAAUAAAUCAUACAAGUUGAGAUUCAAAUUUGAUUUCAUGGCUCAAAAUGUUAUUUUUUAAAAAAUAUUGAAAGUAUAAAAUUUUCACUCUUAUUUUUUUAUAAAUUAUGAAAGUUAUUUUAAAAUUAAAAAUAAAAAUAUGGGAAGCAAAUAUCUUACUUGCAUCAGAUUUUGUGUUUUUAUUUUUAAAAAUUAAAAAAAAAAAAA